UGUCAUACAAGCCCUAUGAAAAAGUGGGCUACAUGCUUUUGGCAGAGAAGAGGGAUGGAGGCAUAAAAGGAGAGGAUAAUCUAACUGACGCCUUGAAGAAGCUGAAGAUAACAGCUGUUGACAGCACAGCUGAUAGCUUAGAGGGGUGUUUGGACUGUCUGCUUCAAGCACUGGCUCAAAACAAUACAGAGACAAGUGAAAAAAUCCAGAAAAGUGGGAUCCUCCAGGUGUUUGCAAGUUUGUUGACUCCGCAGUCUUCCUGCACUGCAAAAGUAGCUAACAUCAUAGCAGAAGUAGCCAAAAAUGAGUUUAUGCGGAAUCCAUGCGUUGAUGCUGGCUUGAUUCCACCUCUGGUGCAGCUCUUAAACUGUAAAGAUCAGGAAGUGCUUCUUCAAACGGGGCGUGCUUUGGGCAACAUAUGCUAUGACAGCCAUGAGGGCAGAAGCGCAGUUGACCAUGCAGGUGGGGCACAGAUUGUAAUAGACCAUUUAAGGUCACUGUGCAGUAAAACAGAUCCAGCCAGUGAGAAGCUCUUGACAGUCUUUUGUGGCAUGCUGAUGAACUAUAGUAAUGAGAAUGAUACCCUACAGUCUCAGCUCAUCAAUAUGGGAGUUAUCCCUACGUUAGUGAAAUUGUUGGGCAUUCAUUGCCAAAAUUCGGCUUUGACUGAAAUGUGCCUUGUUGCAUUUGGGAACUUAGCAGAACUUGAAUCAAGCAAAGAGCAGUUCGCCUACACAAACAUUGCCGAAGAGCUUGUGAAAUUGUUCAAAAAGCAGAUAGAACAUGACAAGAAGGAGAUGAUUUUUGAGGUUCUGGCCCCUUUGGCAGAAAAUGAUAUUAUUAAAUUGCAGCUGGUUGAAGCAGGCCUUGUUGAGUGUCUACUGGAGAUAGUCCAAAAGACUGUAGACAGCGACAAAGAAGAUGACAUUGCUGAGCUUAAAACUGCCUCUGAUCUUAUGGUUCUAUUACUGCUAGGAGAUGAAUCAAUGCAAAAAUUAUUUGAAGGAGGAAAAGGCAGUGUGUUCCAAAGGGUGCUUUUAUGGAUCCCUUCCAACAGCCAUCAGCUACAGCUUGCAGGAGCACUGGCAAUUGCAAAUUUUGCUAGAAAUGAUGGAAACUGCAUCCAUAUGGUGGAUAAUGGAAUUGUUCAGAAACUCAUGGACUUACUGGAUAGACAUGUGGAGGAUGGGAAUGUCACAGUACAGCAUGCAGCACUGAGUGCCCUCCGAAACCUUGCUAUCCCUGUUGUAAAUAAGGCGAAGAUGCUGUCAGCUGGUGUGGCAGAAGCAGUAUUGAAAUUUCUCAAAUCUGAGAUGCCCCCUGUUCAGUUCAAACUGCUAGGGACAUUGAGAAUGUUAAUAGAUGCACAAGCAGAAGCUGCUGAACAGCUGGGCAAGAAUAUGAAGUUGGUUGAAAGGCUGGUGGAAUGGUGUGAAGCCAAGGAUCACGCGGGAGUAAUGGGAGAGUCAAACAGACUACUCUCUGCUCUUAUACGACAUAGCAAAUCAAAAGAUGUGAUUAGGACCAUUAUUCAAAGUGGUGGUAUUAAGCACUUAGUUACCAUGGCAACUAGUGAACAUGUAAUAAUGCAGAACGAAGCUCUUGUCGCCCUGGCAUUAAUAGCAGCUCUAGAAUUAGUUACAGCAGAGAAAGAUCUCGAAAGUGCCCAGUUAGUUCAGAUUCUACACAGACUGCUGUCAGAUGAGAGGAGCGCACCAGAAAUCAAGUACAAUUCAAUGGUCCUGAUCUGUGCUCUUAUGGGAUCAGAACUCCUUCACAAGGAAGUGCAGAGCCUGGCCUUUCUAGAUGUUGUAUCAAAACUCCGCAGCCAUGAGAACAAAACGGUCGCCCAGCAGGCCUCCCUCACAGAGCAGAGACUCGCCGUGGAAAGCUGAGGAAGGGUACCCAAUUCCACAUAGCAUCGUAUCACAGAUUUCACCUUUUAUCCUGUCCUGCUGCUACUCCUGCUGCGUUUUCCCCACUGUGUCACUUGUGCAUGCGUGUAACAUUCCCACACUGAUUGAACUGCUGUAGGUACCUCUCCAAAUAAGAUUUCUAAAAACCCAUAGCCAAAUGUCAUAACAUUAUCCUCUCCCCUCUCUUUCUCAUACAUACAUACAGGCACACACACACACACAAGUCUUCAUUCCUGUCGUUGUUCUACUUGUAUUCUCGUUGCUUGGGCCUCAUAGUAGAAUGUGCAUGUUGUAGUCCUAUAUUAAUGUAAAAGUGGUACUACAGUGAUGACUUUCCUCUCAUAUCCCUAACUCCGUAACAGUGUACUACUAACUUAGGGAAAAAAACAGGAGGCAGCAAGGCCAGGCUGGACUGCCAGUGAGGUGAGAAAGCUCCUCUUUUUGAUGCUUCGGAAACAACAGCAACCAAAAAGGAUGAGUGAAGGAAGUCUUGCUGCUCUAUUCACUGGUCUUGCCUAUUAAUGUCAAUCCCGUGGUACCUAGAGGUAAACAAAUAAAAUCCAGUGCUCUCACACCUUA